AUGAUGCUCAGCGGAUUCCUCGUUUUAUUUUCUCUAACUAACCUUGCUCUAUCCCUUCCAACGCAAGGCAUAAAGCCAGUGGCCCGAACCGUCUCCCAGGCUGCCGAGAACAUGGCAAGUGAUGCCAACGCAGUAUCUGACGCUCUCAACAAACUACCAACUCUAUCCACGCGAGAAGAUAUCCAAUCCGUUUCACAGGUAGCCAUCGACGCCGAAUCUGACGAGGAUACUCAUCGCACCAUUUUGGCGACGGCUGCCAGCUGCAAUGGCAGAGAAUCCAAUGAAAAGCUUCUUACCUACGGUCCGACAGUCCUACGAGAACUAAAGGCAAUGAACUCGGCUGGAACGCCCGAGGCCGUUAAACAAAGCAUACCUGUGAUUCAAAAUGUCAGAAACCCAAAUGUUCUUCCAAGUAUUACUCAAUUGUCCAACGCCGCCCUGGAAAACUCAGGUCUCCCCCCGACUCAAAAAGAUUUCCCGCCUACCGGAGCAGCCGUCAACCUAGCAAGUGAUGCCAACACAGUAACUGACGCACUCAACAAACUACCAACUCUAUCCAAGCGAGAAGAUAUCCAAUCCAUUUCACAGCUAGCUAUCGACGCCGAAUCUGACGAGGACACUCAUCGCACCAUUUUGGCGACGGCCGCUGGCUACAGCGGUAGAAUUUCCAAUGAAAAGCUUCUUACCUACGGACCAACAGUCCUACGAGGAUUAAAGGCAAUGAAUUUGGCUGGAACGCCUGAGUCUGUUCAACUGAGCAUACCUGUGAUUCAAAAUGUCAGAAACCCAAAUAUUCUUCCAAGCAUUACUCAAUUAUCCAACGCCGCCCUGGAAAACUCAGGUCUGCCCCCGACUCAAAAAGAUUUCCCACCAACCGGGAUAGUCGUUUAA